CAUAAAAAGGAACCCUUUUAUGCAAAUGAUGACAUUUUUAACCAGGAUAAAGCCACCCCUUUUGGUCCUCCUCUUGCUUUGUCUCUGCUCUCACUGAGAAAGCAAUAAGCAAAGUUAAGCAACGCGAAAAGCUCUAUAACUAUCUCCUAGCUUUCUUCCUCUCUUCAACAAUUUUUGCUUGUAGAUGCUCUUUUGGACUUUAAAAUCGUUACCUCCAUUCACUUUGACUCGCCCGAGUUCAUCUAAUGGCCAAUAACCCCACGGACCCUCCAGCCGAUGAUUUCCUCCAGGAAAUCCUUGGCCUCCCUAACUUCGCUUCGGCUGAGGCUGGCUUGGUGGGAGCCGACGCCGGCUUGGCUGGGGCGGCAGCGGCUCAAGCUCCGAUGAUGCUGCAACUCAGCUCAGGUGACGGUUCUAGCCACAUGACUACCCUCGGUGGUGCUGGCGGAGGAGGAGGUGCUGGGUUUCACGGGUUCCCGUUGGGACUGAGCUUAGACCAGGGAAAGGGAGGGUUUUUGAAGCCUGAGGAGGCGUCAGGGAGCGGGAAGAGGUUUCGAGACGAUGUUGGUGAUGGCAGAGCUACUACAGUGAAAAAUGUUUUUCAUGGUCAGCCAAUGCCCACAACUGUGGCUGCGGCCCCUCAUCCACCCACAAUGCGCCCCAGGGUGCGGGCUAGAAGAGGACAGGCCACAGAUCCACACAGCAUUGCUGAGCGGUUGCGUAGAGAAAGAAUAGCCGAAAGAAUCAGGGCAUUGCAGGAGUUGGUUCCUAGUGUAAACAAGACGGAUAGAGCUGCCAUGCUUGAUGAAAUUGUGGAUUAUGUGAAGUUCCUAAGGCUGCAAGUAAAGGUUUUAAGCAUGAGUAGAUUGGGCGGGGCUGGUGCAGUUGCACCACUUGUAACAGACAUCCCACUAUCUUCAGUUGAGGAUGACACUGGUGAAGGUGGAAGAAACCAACCCGCCUGGGAGAAGUGGUCAAAUGAUGGAACAGAGCGACAGGUAGCUAAGCUUAUGGAAGAAAAUGUUGGUGCAGCCAUGCAGUUUCUUCAAUCAAAAGCUCUAUGCAUCAUGCCCAUCUCACUAGCGACGGCAAUUUACCAUACGCAACCACCGGAUACCGCUACUAUUGUAAAACCAGAAACAAAUCCACCAUCAUAGAACUUAGAAAGGGCUUUUUUCAAAGCAGGGUUGGAUGUCAAUGCCCAAAAAAAUACAGGCAGGCCCUUGAUGUCCUGCCAAGUUCAAGUGAAAGAGAAGAAUUUUCAAAGCUCAGUUGAUGCGCUCUUCUUUUUGGUAUCAGUGGUGGGGAUAGUGGGAAAUGAUGGGAGCACUUUUUUAGAGUGGGGGCACCAAUUUUUGGUAGUGGCUGUGGGACCUUGUAAAAGGGGUAUAUAUAUAUAUAUAUAUAUAAUGUUAUUGUAGUAGUUUAUUUCAGAAGAAAUGGAAUGCCAAAGUAGAAUGGACAAUGGUUGGUUGCUUCAAUGCCAUGGCUGUCGUAGUACAACGGGAAGUGGGGUUAAUUUUAUUUAGUCUCUCAAUUCAAUUUACAUCAAUAAUAUUACUUGAUUUUUAUUUUA